AUGGUUUCUCCUGUAUGUGCCAGGUCAGUCCAGACUGCAGCACAUAGCCAGCUCCUCGCACGGAGCGAGCAGGGACGAGCCUCCCCGGCCGGGAGGAGCCCGGCGCCCACCGCGAGCUGCCGCUGCCGAGCCGUGAGGCAUCGCCGUGUGACUGCAGCGCGGCCGCACAGCGCCGGGGCCGAGCCCGGGGCGCGGGGGCCAAGCCAAGCACGGGCGGCCGGGCCGGGGGAGCCCCGAGCCGCCCCCGGGGCCCACGCGGGGCCUGCGGGGCGCUCGGAGCGCGGCGGGGACCCGCCCGCGGACACAAAGAGCGGGCAGGGGCGGCCCAGGCCCCGCGGGGGGAACGCGGGCGGCCCCCGCCCGCCUCACCGACCCCCGCCCCGGCGGGUUCGCCAGAGCCCCGCACGGCGCCCAGCGCAGCCCAGUCCAGCCCAGUCCAGCCCAGCCAAGCCAAGCCAAGCCAAGCCUACCCCCGCACCGCCCCCUCCGCUCGCCCCGCAGUCACGGUCCCGCACGGCCCCCGCGCACCCACCGGCCUCGCCGCGGCAGCUCCUUCCUUCCCUGCCCGCGCCGCCGCCUUUUACCGGGGAACGGGCGGCGCCGAGCGCGGCCCGGGCAGCAACAGCUGACGGCGGGGCCCGCUCGGCCCGGCCCUCCCUCCGUGACAGCGCCCGGCCCCGCCCCGCCCGGCUUGGAGCCGUGGGAUUGAGGAGUCACAGCAUCGUGGGUCACAGAUUCAUGGAAUCACAGACUCAUGGAAUCACAGGCUCCUGGAAUCAUAGACUCAUGGAAUCACAGGCUCCUGGAAUCAUAGACUCAUGGAAUCAUUAA